AUGGCACAGGACUUGAGUGAGAAAGAAGGCUUCGCUGAUGCUGUCAACACGAUAUCCCGCUUCUUGGCAAACGAACAGAUCUCGGACCUACAUACAUGCCCUCCGGUGGACUGCAUAGUGAUCUGUGUAUCUGCUCUGGUUUUCCAAGGGGAGAGACUGUUCAGAGCUUUGGAAACACGGCCUUCAUUGGCCAAAUCGCUUGUCUUGGUUGGCGGGAUCGGUCAUAGUACGAAGCUGUUAUACGAAGCGAUUGGCCGGCAUGACAAGUACAAAUACCUCCGCGACGACAUCGAAGGCUUGCCCGAGGCCAGGGUGAUGGAGACUAUAUUGAAGCGGCAUUUCGACCUGAAGAAGAUUCAAUUUGAAGGUUGUCAAAUUCUCAUCGAAGACAAAUCGACCAAUUGCGGGAGCAAUGCCAUUGAGACCCGCAAAGUCCUCGAAGACGCCAAUGUUCCUUCCCCGGCGUCUGUGCUCCUCAUCCAAGACCCCACGAUGUCACUGAGAUCUCCUGCCAGCUUCCAGAAGACAUACGAAGAUCAUGUCAAUCCACCAAGGUUUCUUUGCUGCCCCUUCUUCGUGCCGACCGUGCUUUCUUCUCCAUCUGGCCUGCAAUUCGCAAACGACAUCCCUCACGACUGGCUCUGGUCGACGGAUCGUUUCCUCGAGCUCAUCCUUGGAGAAAUACCUCGCCUGCGGGACGACAAGCAGGGCUAUGGUCCAACCGGCAAGGGUUUCAUACCGCAUGUCGAUAUCCCUGACCAGGUCGAGCGGAGCUGGAGGCUCUUGAAUACUCAUGCUGAAGAAAAUACGUCCGGCAGGACAUUCUAA